AUGGAGAAUUUCUGCAUCUCCGCAGGUGCAGGGGUUUUAUAUGGAAGCCUGAUGAGGCCAUAUCUACUCUCGCCCACGAGAAAGGCCAGGGAAAAGGCGAGGAAAAGGCGAGAAAGCGAGGCAUAUACAGUUUCCUCCUGUUACAUCCGCUGUACAUUCCCUUCUAACCCCAAGUUAUUUGGGCAAGAAGCCAGAAAUAGAAACACUAAUCGUCAACCAAACCAAUAUCACGUACCCUACAACGGCCCUGUCUUCCAUCGACCUCUACCACCUACCAAUCGCCGACCACCAACCAACCCAUCCAGCUAUAUCCCACCCCAUCGCCGACCUACCUACAACACAGCCUACCAAUCAAGAGGUAACCAUCGACCUGACCAACAACAGAAACGACUACCAGCCCACCGACGCCAACCAGUCCCCACUCAUAAGGAGGAAGAACCCUUUGUGAAGGUGUUCUUCCAAGUUUUGCAGUGCCUCCAUCAACAGCAAGGCCAACCAGCGUUUACCUUCAAACGCAAAGUCUCUGAGUUGGAUAGUUUUAUCCGUCCAGCAAUGAAAACAUCAGCUGUCGACGCGAAUAUUAGAUCCCUCAAUCGGACAUGGCUCUGUAAGGUUACGCAGGUCCUGAUCGACCAUUACCAAACCACACUUCAAGAGAAGCUGACCACCAUUCGUACCAAGUCUUUAUCAUCACCUGCCGUCGACCGCAUCGUUUCUCAUGCCCUGUCCUGGGCCCGUCGCUCCUAUGGGAAACGUCUCACUCAAGCUGUAAUUUCCAAAUUCUACCAAACAAUCAACGAAACUAAAACCAGAGUAACCAUAUCUCUACUAACUGAAAUGGACACUACACCUGCACCAUCUAGAGCUACCACGCUGCCGAACCAAACCCCUAAACGAGCCCGAAGUUCACCUACCCCUAGUCCAGCAGACAUAGGUAAACGCUCUCGUAGAGAGGGCACACCCCUUCUCUUCUCACUUUCAGACUCGUCUUCCCCUUCCACACCAUCUGAAUCUUCACCACGUGAUCCAGGAUCCGCCAACCUUUCUUCCUUCUGUGCGUUUUUGGACCAGCAAACCACCCCUCAGUCUCCAUCCAAGUCGAGACAUGUAUCCAGACCUUCCCCUCCUCGAACCAGAUCCCAGUCCGUUCCCAAUGCUACAAUUCUAACAACUACCAAACCAGUACCAAUCACACCGUCGACGACCAUUAUAUCCGCUACCAAACCGUAUUAUCACCAAACCAAGGACAAAUCAUUAUGGAAACUACCUGCUCUAAAGAAAUCAACCUUAAUAAAUGGAUCAUCUAACCUGAAUCGAAUUACCAAAACCAGUUCAGACACCGAAAUACAUUCUUACCCCGGUGCCCAAAUCCAUCACAUACAGUCAAUCCUGGAAUCAUGA